UGAUUUCUAGCUGAGAAAUGUGCGAUAAACAAAUAGGCGUCCUCUAUCACAACUGCUACAACUGCUUGAGCUUAUGUGUUUUUAAUUAAAACAAGCCGUGUAGUGAGUGGAGACUGUCAGCAAGAUACUCUGCUGUCAAGAAUAAUGAGCUUGCCCCAGAAAGAUAAGUGGAGAAGUGACAGCACAGAGCUAACAAAUCAACAAAUGGAAGUCCUUGAAUAUAAUUUCAACAGUAUCAGUAAGCAGCCUCAUAGCACUUCUAUAAUGCUAAUUGCUGCUGAAACAGGACUCACAGAGGAAGAGACUAAGAAAUGGUUCAAGGAACGACUAGCCAAAUGGAGAGAGUCUGAGGGCUUGCCUAGACACUGCAGAUCGGUCAUGGACUAAAUUGCCACAUGGAUUUCGGGUGGAAAGACUGGAGGAGGAGCUUUUAUUUUGAAAUCAUUUUAUUUUUAGUUACAGAUGUGAGCAUUAUGUAAAAGUAUCUAUUCAAGUGUGUACCUGAUCGAUAGACACAGUGAUAACUAUAUACCUGAAUACCUUGUUAAUAAAGGUACUAGUGUAAUAUAUAAACUAUGAAUUUGCAUGUUAGUAAAGGAAUUUCUAAAGGAAUUUCAAAUGAUAAAAUGUCAAAUAUUAACACAACAUUUAUGUUUCCAGAUAUACUUUUCCUUGGUUUGAAAGGCAGAUUCAAUGGAAGGACAUAACUUGUCCAUUUACUGUAAUACUUAUUCAUUCUUUAGUCUGUAGCAUUGUCUCAUAGCAAUAAGAAUGCACAUAUGAUGAAUGCUCCUAAAACAUCAUCAAUAUAUGUAUAUAGUGCACAAAAGCAUUUUAUACAAUCAUUAGUGCUGCAUUAAUUUAACACUUAUAAUGCUAUUGAUUUUCUAUUUAAUAAUUAAGGCAGUAUUCCUGGUACAAUAGUUAUAGAGUGAAUAUUUUUGUGCAUGAUGACCGAUGUUUUGUGCAGUUUUAUCAGAGGGUUUGUUUAAUAAAAAUGUAAUAAAACAGAA